AUGCGUUCUAUAGCUGUUUUAAUUGAUUUAUCUGGUACAUUGUUCAUCGAUGAUUAUAUUAUUCCACGUUCCAUUGAAGCUUUGUUACGUUUAUCUGCGAAUCCUAUUUAUCGUGUCAAAUUUGUCACCAAUACGACAAAGGAAUCGUCUAGCCAUUUAUAUGAAAAACUAAAAAAAUUCGGUUUCGAUGUAUCGCAUUCCCAAAUAUUUAGUUCAUUAUCAGCAGCUCGGCAGUUAAUCAUAAAAAAUUCCCUUCGACCUAUGUUAAUAUUGGAAGAAGAUGCACGUAACGAUUUCAGUGAUAUAGAUACAAAUAAUCCAAAUUCUGUUGUUAUUGGGCUUGCUCCUUCGUUAUUCAAUUUUAAAACAUUAAAUAAGGCUUUCAAUCUUGUACUCGAUGGCGCGGAGCUUAUAGCGAUUCAUAAAGGUCGAUACUAUCGUAGAAAAGAUGGGCUGUCGCUGGGACCUGGGCCAUUUGUUGAAGCACUUGAAUAUGCAACUGGUGUUAAAGCAACGGUGGUUGGUAAACCGGAAAGUGUUUUCUUUCGUUCAGCAAUUGAAAGUUUUGGAGAAGAAAUAACACAGGCAGUUAUGAUUGGCGAUGAUGUCCGCGAUGAUGUUCUUGGAGCAGUUAAUGCCGGCAUGCUUGGUAUCCUUGUAAAAACUGGAAAGUACAGGCAAGGCAAAUUUUUUCAUCGUGAUGAACUGCUUAUUGAAGAAUCUUCAAGGAAUUGCGUAGAUUGUUUUGCUGAUGCUGUUGAACUGGUUGAGAAAGGAAAUAUUUGGUAG